UUCCGCGGCAGUCUGCGCGCGGUAGUUUGAGCAUUUCUAAGGACUUUGGUGUGAUUAAAAAACAAGACAAGAGUUAACAAGUAGCGCAACAGGCUUAGGCUAUUACCUUAUUUCAUUUGCCAGGAUGCGUCGGUCUGCUGCCCCCAGUCAGCUCCAUGGCAAUGUGGCCAAAAAGAUGCGCUUCGUGCCUCCCAUUUCCCAUCGCUCUCCACCUUGCCCGAGUCCCAACACACCAGAGCACAGCCCUCUGCCUCUGCAGCCCAGACCUGGGGUCGUCAACGAAGUCAGCUGCAGCACGGUGCAGCUUGCUAAUAACCUGUGUGAGCCUCGUGUGUCGGGGGCUUUGGCGCGGGUGCUGAGUGUGACCCCCACUCCGGAGAGGGCCCUGGACAACCCCACCGAAAUAGAUGAGAACACGCACGCUUACGUUGAGGAGGAGGAGGAGGAGGAGGAGGAGGAGAGGGUGGAAAACAGAGCACAACAGCCACACCAGAGGCCCCACAGUCAACCACACAGUGCACAGACCUCCCCUACAGAGCGCUACUUCAGUGUGAUGUGGUGCAAAGCCUCCAACAGGAAACACAAGCGCUGGGAGGGUGACGCCGUGCUGAUCACCAAGGGCCGCAGUGUGGUGCUGAAGGACAUGGAGGGGAAGGACAUUGGUCGAGGCACUGGCUACAAGGCCUCGGAGCUGGAGAAGCUGGACGAGGGUGAGACCCUGAUGGUGUCUGGCAAGCAGAUCGAGGUGAUGGGGCUGAUCUCGGCCGAGGACUAUUCCAAGGGACGCUGCUUCCAGGAGGGGGGCAGCACGGUGGCAGACUCCACCACCUCAACGCCCGUUCUAGAGUCGGCUCUUGCCAGGAGCAUAUCCAAGCCCUUCUCUCGCCCGGCGCUGAAGGGCGGACUCCUCCCCAAACAGCCAGAACCAGAGAGAGAAGUGCGACCCCGCCAUGAUCCAAAUUCACCAGGUGCUCUAGUGAUGCCCCGCCCCCCAGCCAAUCACCAGUGGCUUUGGAAUAAAGCCGGCCUCUCAGUGGUGGACGUAGUGAUGGACCCUCAUCUGACCUAUCACCUCCGUCCGCAUCAGAGAGAGGGCGUAAUCUUCCUCUACGAGUGUGUCAUGGGAAUGAGACUCUCUGGGCGUUGUGGUGCCAUCCUGGCAGACGAGAUGGGUCUGGGCAAGACGCUGCAGUGCGUGAGCCUGCUGUGGAUGCUGCUGAGGCAGGGGCCGUACGGGGGGAAGGCGGCCAUCACGCGGGCCCUGGUGGUGGCACCCGGCAGCCUCGUCAAGAACUGGGGCGCCGAGUUCAACAAGUGGCUCGGCCGAGAGCGCCUCCGCGUUUACCUGGUGGACCAGGAUCACCGUGUGGAGGACUACGUCUCGUCUCCGGUGUGUCCAGUGAUGGUGGUGAGCUACGAGAUGGUGCUUCGCUCGCUGAGCUCCCUGCAGAAGCUGGAGUUUGGCCUGCUCAUCUGCGACGAGGGCCACCGCCUCAAGAACACCAGCAUCAAGACCUCCAGUGCCCUCCACACGCUCUCCUGCUCACGCAGAGUCAUACUGACCGGGACUCCUGUUCAGAAUGAUCUUCAGGAGUUCUACGCCAUAGUUGAGUUUGUCAAUCCUGGCGUGUUGGGGUCCACUGUGGCCUACAGGAAGAUAUACGAAGAGCCAGUUAUUCGCUCCCGCCAACCCAACUGCACUGAGGAGGAGAGGUGUCUGGGUGAGGAGCGUGCGGCUGAGCUCUCGCGCCUGACAGGCGUCUUCACGCUGCGCCGCACCCAGGAGAUCAUCGGCCGCUACCUGCCGGGCCGCGUGGAGUGGACCCUCUUCUGCCGCCCCAGCGGCCUGCAGACCGCCCUCUACUCGCACAUGCUGAGCACGCGGGCCGUGCGCUCCUGCCUCAGCGCCUCCGGCUCACACCUGGGCAAGCACAGCCCACACUUCGCCUGCAUCAGCGCCCUCAAGAAGCUCUGCAACCACCCGGGGCUGCUCUACAACACCAUGAAGGAGAGUGCUGAGGGCUCUGUGUUGGAGGGCCUGUCUGCAGAGCUGUUCCCUGAGGCCUACAGCAGCGGCAGGUUCAGCACAGAGGAGUCCGGCAAACUGCUGGUGCUCUGCGACCUCCUGGCAUCCGUACAGCACUUCAACUCCACAGACAAGGUGGUGCUGGUCUCCAACUACACCCAGACUCUGGACCUGCUGCAGGAUGUUUGUGUUCAUCUGGGUUACACCUGCUGCCGUCUGGACGGAAACACCCCCGUCUCCAAGAGACAGAACCUGGUGGAGUCCUUCAACAAGCCGAGCUCCAGCCACUUCCUGUUCCUGCUCAGCUCCAAGGCUGGGGGCGUCGGCCUCAACCUGGUGGGCGCCUCCCACCUGGUGCUCUACGACAUUGACUGGAACCCCGCCAACGACAUCCAGGCGAUGGCUCGGGUGUGGAGGGAUGGCCAGAGGAAGACCGUCCAUAUAUACAGACUGCUGACCACAGGUACGAUAGAGGAGAGGAUCUACCAGCGGCAGGUGUGUAAGCAGGGCUUGUCUGGCGCGGUGGUGGACCUGGGGAAGGGAGCUGAGCACAUCAGCUUCUCCUCUGAGGAGCUCCGCGACCUCUUCACCUUUGACCCCAAGACCAGCUGCCUCACGCACCAGCUCCUCGGCUGCCAGUGUGGGGGGAGCGGAGAGAUACAAGGUUUGACAGAGGAAGAGAGCACAGUAGUGGAGAGGACCUGUCAGCUGGGUCGUCGAGCUGAAAGCGUCAACGCUCCACAACGCGUCAGCAUGUCAGAGCUCAUGCAGUGGAGACACUACUCAGGAGACAGCCAAUCAUAUGGAGACGCUUACUUAGACCACGCCCACUCCCACAUCACCUACGCCUUCCAAAGUUUGAGCACUAACACACAACUUUCAACCUAGGACACAAGCCGACAAAUCACAAAAACUCCAUGCUGUCAAAUGUCUUCAUGUGCGUGCAAAUUACCAGCAUUGACUUGAUUUACACUCACAAAUACAGUGAAAGUGUAUUUGUACAUUUGUACUUUUUACACUGAUGUGUUGAUGUGCAUUGGUUGUUAUUUAAGUAUUUCUUCCUUAAUGCUGCUCAAUGUAAGCUUGUUUUUGCAAUGACAUGCAUGUAUAUAUGAACUCUUUUUCUUUGUAAUAAUCGUAGCUGAUAAUAAAUAAUCAUACUUUUUAAUAAGGUC